ACGGACGCAGGGUGUGUCAGUCAGAACUUCAGUAGAACAGAAAAUGGCGGCACGCAAACUUGUUGUCUCCGUGUGGUUCGUCCUUGCCGUCGCUUUUUUCUCGGGCUGCGAUGGGUUCGGGAGCGGAGCCCCUGCCGGGGCCUGUGUCACCAUGCGGCCCGGCCAUAUGAACGGCAACGUUAGCGUAACUCCGCAAAGUUCCCCGAGCCCGUACUCCAUCGUGGUGGGGGACAAGUACACCCCGGGGAGAACCGUGUCAGUUCAGAUCGUGGGGCCGGUGUUCCGAGGGUUCCUGCUCCAGGCCCGCCGACCUGGGUCCACCACACCCGUCGGUACCUUCUCCAACGCUCCGGCAGACACCAAGACAACAACGUGCACCACUACCGACAACAGCAUGACUCACGCCAACACCAAUGCCAAGCAGAACAUCACUCUGACUUGGAACGCUCCUUCUACUGGCGUUGGCAACGUGCAGUUCGUGGCAACUGUUGCAGAGCAGAAAGUGACGUAUUGGAUGAACAUUCAGUCAGCACAACUUAUGCAAGCGAGCAGCGCCAUCUUGGCCAAACCUACCUACUACGUCAUCAUGCUCUGCCUCCUCCAAUCAGCGUACGCCGUGAUGAAGUAGAUCACGUGACCGAGGCGAUGACGUCACAUGAAGAACACAAAAUCCAUCAACAGAAUUGCCACUUUCUUUAUCACGUUUAUAACUAAAUAAAACUAGGACAUGCAAUAGAAAUAUCACCGCCUUAGACUAACUUUUUAAUACGACCUUCGAGGAUUGAAAGUUGUAGCAGAACUAGACAACUUUAAGAUAAAAGUAUAUCUUAUAAGUAUUCCUUGCUUCCUGCUACUAGUAUUUUCAGAUGUAGUUUUAAAGUAUUUCGCUAGAUGCCGCUCCAAAUGCUUUACUGUGAAGUCAGAUUACAAGUCAAGUCAAGUCACAUCACUCCAACCGUGUACUCAAUUUUUUCACAGAAUGCAUAUUGCAUCUUUUUCUUUAUUUGGUUGAUGGUGGAAAAUAAAGGUUGACAAGUUA